UAUCAAAUCAGUAUUGUACGAAUCAAUGAUACGGUGACCUUAGUACAUAACAAUAGACAUUUUUUCCUAUUUUAUUGAAUAGUUUGGGCUGAUUUAAUUGUGUAUUCUUGAAAUUCGAAUAAAUCUCAGCAGGAUAAGGACAAUGAGCUUUUAUAAGUACCCGAAUGACAUUGCAAAUAUACCAAACGGAAUGACGAAGACUUCUCAUUUUGAUUCUAAUGAAAAAAAGCUCAACCUGGACCUGAUUAACUGUAAUUUCUCCGAAGACACCUCGCACUAUACAAUAUCAGACAAAAAAUCACCUAAAUUGGCUAUUUAUUAUUUUAAACACGAAGAAAUUGAAACUAGUAUGGAUAAUGAUGAACAUGACGACGAUGACGUUGUUGAAGCAGAGAAUGACACAAAAACGACAAAUGGACAUAUUGACAGAAACGAAGAAAGAAAUAUUACCCCCAAAGAAAACGGAAAUGCGAUCCACGUACCUUUCGAAAAUGGCAAAAGUUCUAGAUCUAAAUCAAUAUCAGACGACACGAUAAGGAUUCUAGUCCAAAAAGCCGACGAAUUAGUGAACGAAAAACGAAAUAAUAACAAACUAACGACAGUGAAUAAAUGGUUGAAGCUGGAAAGGCCAGACGACAGUUGCGAUGCCAGCGGUGAAGACGACGAAAAAGAAUCUCAAACUUCCGAUGAUCUUGAUGCUAGUACAUCAACCCUACGUGGUACAGAUGACAAUUCGAAUUCGCAAAAUUCAAUUCAAGAACUUGUGGCGCAUAUGAACGGCAACAAGAAGUGGAUAGGAUCUGCUUCUAGGCUUGAUGUAACUGCUUGCUCUAGUAUCAACAGUUUUUCCAUAUCAGAGUCGGCACUUCAUCAAAUGAUUUUAUCGCCUAAGGGACUACCUACCUCUUUUUCCACAGUUAGCAGUAAUAAUAUUAAUGCGAAUUCAAACAAUUCUACUUCAUCAACAGUAGAAGAAGUGUUACCGCUAAUAGCUGAAAAGAUAUCGCCAGUCCGAAAAAAGAAAUCUAAACUGAAGAAGAGAGCUUUGGUUGGUAAAUCUGACACUCACCUCUUAUACAAUAGUGGUUACAAAAACAGGAGUCAUCUUAUUAAGUCUGGUUCCUUUCCUGGAUAUAGUACACAGAAUACGAAUAAUGAUACGAACAUUAAACACGAAGCGCUCUCCGAGCAGAUCUACUACCCUGGGUACAGUGAAGCUUCAACCACUAGCGGUGGAGAUAGUGAAGAGGAGAUUCAAAGAAAUCGACCAGUAAAUUUCAAAUAUGGAGGAAAAACUCGUUAUCUUCACAACGAACCAUUAAGAAACGAUAAAUCUGGAAAGAGUAGUUUAACCACUGAAGAGCAGUCUAGUUCCCUAUCAGAGCAAGCAUGGGAUAACUACCAGGAAAAUUAUCUUUCUGAACCAUACAGCGAAUCUCACGACUCUGAUGCGGCUAGAAAACUGCUAAACUUUGGCGAGGACUACAGAAAAUUCAUUGACAGCCAAUCGGAUUGGUCGGCAUUUUCCGAUAUAUCGCCUCGAAUGAAAAGGAAAUCAUGGCCGCAACCCAACGACGAGGACUCGAAUAGCGACGAAGAGUCAUUGAAACAGUUGAUAAACGAUUCUCGUGACCAGCUCAAUUAUGCUAAAGAAAUUUACGAACAGCUCAAACUUGGUAUUCAUAAUCAUUUGGUUACCAAUGAAAUAGAUGAUUUGAUAACCAACUGUGAUCGACACAUAGUUUUACUUAAGCAUAUGAGUGAAUCAUCUGACGAAUACAAAAUGUCAUACGUAGACAAGGCAGUUACAGCAGAUUUACUAGAUCAAUGGAGAAUUGUAAAAAAUAAGAGUUCGUCCAUGGACGAAUACAGGCGUUUGCGUAGGCAAAUUUUGGAACUGAAGUCUUUCAUCGAAUUGCAAAACUUUUCUGAGAGAAGAAUUAAUGUAUCGGAGCCUUGUGGAGUAGAAGACAUCUACAACGAAAUUGAUACUUGUAAUAAACUCUUGGGAACGCUCUCAGAAGAAGGAGCAAAUCUAGCAUCUCUUAACGCCCUUGUCCACCGUUACACACUAGAUAACCAAGAUUGUGACGAAUUUAAUGGAACUGCCUUGAAGGGGGAUAUUUCCGAACUGUAUGAAAUGUUUGAAAACGCUCGUGCAUUCAUUACUGAUGAAUUAAGUCAAUUAAAAAGCCUAUUGCCAGUUUGGAGAAUGCUGGAAUCUAGAUUGGAACAACUCCAAAACGAUCUGAAGAUGGAUGAGAAAACGAUGGAAACCUUAGAUUCCUCCCUCACCAAUGGAAAUUUCUCUGAUCAGACAGCAGCAUCUGUAAGGGAAGUGGCCAAGUUAUUAUCAGAAACUACUACAACGAGUACACAGCAGAUGCAAGAAAUUAUAACAGAAGGGUCAUUUUCUGACAGCGGAAUUUCUGACGAAGGAUCCGAACAGGAAAUAGGCGAAAGGCAGAGGAGACUGGCAGCUAUUCGGCGAUUAGUCCGGCAGUUAGAAAUCGGAUUACCUCCAGAUUCUAAAGCGAGACUAUUGAUGAGAGAAAAGUUAAGAGUAGCUGAAGAAGAUCUUAAAGCCCUACAACUACGAUGCAGAUCUCUUGUGGCUCGAACAUCAGCUUGCUCCGGAAAUUUCACUGACCGAUUGAGGCCAGUACCAGAACAAGAAGAAUCCAAGAUAUCUACAAAAACAAACCCAGGAGACCCUGAUAGCGAUCCAGGAAGUAACGCUAAAGCCAAAUCUUGGUUUAGACGAUUUUUUAAAGCUUCUGUGGCAUUUCAGUUGGUUCUGUUGGCGUUUGUGUGUUUGAGCUGUGUUUUGGAACCGAGUUGUUGUGACUAUAUGAAUAACUAUUCGUGGACUUUGAGCCCUAAACUCCAUUAUGAAGCUCGUCCACCAAUAUGAACAGUACUUAGUACAAUUAUUAUGAAUAUUUGUAAAAUGAAAUACAUUUUAUAUUAAAAUUUUUAAAGCUUAUUAUACAUAGGAUUAUUUAGUGUUGUCCACCUACUCCAAUAGUUAUUUAUUGACCAAAAAUAAAGCUAUAUGAGAUUAAUUUUGGUGGGAAUUCAGUAUUAAAGGUAAUUAUAUUUUUGUGGUACCACUUACCACUUAAUAUUAUUGUGGUACCACUUAAAACACCUACAAACUAUUUUCAUCAUUUUUUUGUUUAGUUUACCAUGUUAAAUUGUAAGUAAUAUUGAAGAGCUUACAAAAUGAAACCUAAGUAGAUUUUACUUGAAAGUACCUAAAUAAAUGAGGCCUUAAUAAUCAUUAAAUUAAGUAAUGAUUGAUAGAUACUAAAAAAGUGUGUUUGUGACUUUAUUUUAAAUGGCUAGUAAGUAACAAAAAUAUUUUUGUAAAAUGUUAAGUAGUUCAUUUCAAAUCACUAAAAUCCGAAAUUGUAUCAGAAACCACACUUACUUUUAGAACACUAAGUGCCCUUAAGUUGUUUUAUACGAUUUACACUUUUUUGAUACUCUUUACUCAGGCCAAACUUGCCAGAAAUAUAAAUAUGUAUUUUAUUGCUGUUUACUUGCUUGUGUUACGUUAGGUAUAUAAAAUCAGUAUUUUUUUAUUUUCACACGUUUCUAAAAAACCGAGGCAUUUUAGGUUAGACACUACUUGUUUUUUGUUCCUCUUUAAAUGAUAUAAAAAAUGUAAUUUUUCGAAUUUCUUGACUGAAAUUUUUCUAAAAAUGAAAUACCUAGGUUUAAUCUAUUGAAGCUUUUAUUAUUUUUACCAUAAAUUUGUAUUUACAAAUAUAAAAAAAUUGUACAAUUCUAUCGAUUUAAAUCACUAUUUAAAUUGUGAGUAGAUAUAAAAUAUAUAUUUUUCAAAUA